AUGGAAGACAUUCUAGCUGCUGCAGCAUCUUCUCCGGCUUCGCUACUCUGCGAAGCAACACUUGCUGCACCUAAGCAACGGUUGCAGUUCAUCAUGCAAAACCAGCGAGAGUGGUGGGUUUAUUCUAUCUUCUGGCAGGCAUCAAGGGAUCGAGACGGGCGCCUGGUUUUGUCGUGGGGUGAUGGCCAUUUCCGCGGGCCUAAAGACUGUUCCCAGAGAGCGUGCAAUAACAACGGAUUGCUACUACAGCAACCACUUGCCGAUAACGGCGUGAAGGUGACCACUCAGGACAUCUUCGGGAGAAGGAAGGCAGGGAAAGAAGUUCCUUCGUCCUUUCCCUGGAGGGAUUCUACUUCCCACAGCAAAAGCGAUGGAUUUGGUGAUGGCCGGGAUGUUGCUGAUUCGGAGUGGUUUUAUAUGCUGUCGCUGACCAGGUGCUUUGUGUCCGGAGAAGACCUUCUGGUCCGAACCUUCAAUUCGGGUUCGUAUGCGUGGUUAGUUGGAGAUCACCAACUCCUGUUUUACAACUGCGAGAGGGCUAAAGAAGCUCAUUCUCAUGGAGUUAAAACUUUUGUUUGCAUCUCCACUUCAGGUGGAAUUCUGGAAUUGGGAUCCUCAGAAUUGAUAAAAGAAGACUGGGGACUGGUGCAACUUUGCAAGACACUGUUUGGCUCAGAAGAUCAAAACAGCACCAGCAGUACUAGUACAACUACCACCACCAGAGACGCCAUCCUUGGUAGUAAUAAUACUACUCCUGCAGGAGGAGGACUGUUUGACAUUGGCGGCCUGCUAGGUCAUGAUCCCAAACAAAACUCACUGCAGGAAGACAAGCCCCAGGAAAGCAACUUAACAAUUAUGAACAUUGAUGAUGAAUCCGCUUCAGGAACGUUGACACCAAUAGGUGGGCAGCGGAUAUCAACUGGAUCUGCAGGGAUGGCUCACACUGGUCCCAAACUAUUGGAAACUCAAAAUUUCAUGCCCGAGGCGGCAGGAAAAUGGAGCAAGGUCCGAUCGCCGUCAUCGAGAAGAAGAAUGAGAGAGGCAUCCAUGACGGGGCAAGAAAUGGCGCUGAACCAUGUGGAGGCAGAAAGGCAGAGGCGAGAGAAGCUCAAUCACAGAUUCUAUGCUCUCAGAAGCGUGGUACCCAACGUAUCCAGAAUGGACAAAGCCUCGCUUCUUGCAGAUGCAGUCGCUUACAUCAACGAGCUCAAGGCCAAAAUUCAGGAAUUGGAGGCCAGAGUUGGAGUUGGAUCGCUAGGAGGAGCACAAUAUCAUGAUCGCAAACUACUUGUUACUACUGCCACAAGCUGCGGGGAUUUCAUUCAAGAGACUCAAAGCACCGUCACAGCUGAUCAAAAUCAAAGCGGAAUGUCAUCUAAACCUUACAGUAGUGUUCCAUAUACUGCUAAUAAUUCGAGUCAUGAAAUCCAAGUAAAGUUUGUAAAUGGAUCGGUAGCCAUUCUCCACAUUCUAUGUCCGGAUGUGAAUUACCCAUCAGCCAAAUUGAUGGAUGCACUGCGACAAAUGGAGCUCCAAGUUUGCUCCGCAAGCUUCUCCCCCGUACAGGACUUGAUGCUACACGAUGUUGUGAUUAGGAUUCCCAGAAAUGAUGCUUUGGCUACUGAGGAUGCUCUCAAAACUGCACUCCUUAGAAGGUUACGGCUUUAA